AUGAAUGAAUGCAUGAAAUCAGAGUUAGAUUUAUUUGCAACUCCGCCAAUACAAACCAAUAUUUUAAAAUCUGAGGAGAAAACAAUUCAACAACCGAGUGUGGUUAAUAAUAUUUUGCAUUCUCUGAUUAAGCAAUGUAACGUACAACUUAAUGGUAAAAAUAUUACUCCAUCAGAUGGAAAUUACCAUUAUAGAGCUUAUAUUGAAUCUCUAUUAAAUUAUGGAACUGAUGCUGCAACUACUCAUUUAGAAUGUGCUGGAUGGAUUUUAGAUAAGCCGAAUAUAGCUAGAUCUGAUAAUAAUGGUUCAAAGGAACGUCAAAAACUAUAUCAUAAUAGUAACGUUGUUGAGCUUAUGGGAAAACUUCAUGUGGAUAUGUUUAAUCAACCCACUCAUUUAAUAAAUAAUGUGGAUAUUCGAAUUCUUUUUACAUUAGAAAAACCAGAUUUCUUUCUAUUUGCGGAUGACUCUGAUGAAUCACAAUUUAAAAUUGUAGAGGCUAAAUUAUUUAUGCGGCACGUAACAAUAAAUCCUAGUGUAUUGUUAGCUCACAAUGCCGUUCUAGAAAAAUCAAAUGCUAAAUAUCAUUAUAAAAGAGUGAAAGUGAAAAAUUUUACUAUCCCCAGUAAUAGUUCGUCAAUUUCGCUAGAUAAUGUUUUUAUUGGCCAAUUACCAAACACGAUUAUUUUUUGCAUGACUGAAAAUGCAGGUGUGCAAGUACCAAACGCUGCCAUAGAAACAAGUUUUUCUGAUGAUAAUAAUUGCAAUACAAGAGCUUAUCAUACGUUAUUCUCUGGAACAGGAAUUUAUCAUAACGAUAGAGGACAUCAAAUAACAAAAUCUAUGUUUGCAAAUGGUUUCUUUUUAUUGGCUUUUGAUUUAACACCAGAUGCAUCGGGUAUUGAAAUUUGCCAAGGUUUACUUAAUCAAGGAACUAUAAGAAUCGAAGCAAGAUUAUCAAAACCAACUCCAUCUACAUUAACAGCACUUAUUUAUGGAGAAUUUGAUUCCAACGUUCAAAUAGACAAAAAUUGCAAUGUCUACACAAAUGUAUAA